GCGGCUCCCUUUCCCGGCGCAUGCGCGUUCAGAGCUUGGAACCAUGCGGGAACGCGGGCGGAAGAGUGCCUCCGCCGUGGGGCCCGGCUUGUACAGCGCGGCUGCCUCGGUCCUGGCCGGACUGGAGCGCCGGGAGGGUGCCCUCAAGACCCUGGUCUGGAGCCGAUUCCAGAACCCCCGGCUGCUCUGCGCCCUCGUUUCGGAGACCCUUCGCUAUUCUCCUGUGCUGGACUCUAUACUGGAGGCUGCUGGCUUGCUCCGUGCUGAGAAGAAGCUGCAGCCGCACCUGGCAAAGGUGUUGGUGUAUGACUUGCUCUUUGGCAAGGGCCUGCGUGGUGGAGGGCAUGGCAAGGUCCUGGUGCUGAAGCAUCGUGCCCGUCUGCAGGCCGAACUCGCCCGCUUGAAAGUUCAGAAGAAAGUGAGCCGCAAUGAAGAUCUGCUGCCACCGAUGGUGGCAGAGGGGGGCCAAGGUAGCCCUCGAGUGCCGCGAUACGUCCGAGUGAACACCUUAAAGACGUGGAGUGACGUUGUUGACUACUUCAAGCGCCAGGGCUAUUACCUAGGUAAAGCAGCCAGCCUGGAGGAUGUGAGCUCCUUGUCCGGGAAGAAAUUCCUGCUGGAUCCCCACCUUCCCGAGCUGCUCAUCUUUGCUCCACAGACGGAUCUCCAUGAGAACCAGCUGUAUGCAGCUGGGCAAAUUCUUCAGGACAAGGCCAGCUGCCUGCCUGCUUUCCUCUUGAACCCCCUGCCAGGGUCCCACAUCAUUGAUGCUUGUGCUGCCCCUGGCAACAAAACCAGUCAGCUUGCUGCUAUCCUGAAGAACAAGGGGCAGAUCUUUGCCUUUGACCUGGAUGCCAAGCGCCUGGCCACAAUGAGCACCAUGCUGGUGAGGGCGGGGGACUGCUACCAGCUGGCACACAAAGACUUCUUAGCCACAGACCCUGCUGAUCCCAAGUACAGCUCUGUGAGAUACAUCCUCCUGGAUCCCUCGUGCAGCGGCUCAGGAAUGGUCAGCCGGGUGCCAGUUGAGGAAGAGAAUGCCAACCUCCAGCGCCUGCAGGCGCUGUCCAGGUUCCAGCGGAAGAUGCUGGCUCAUGCGCUGAAGUUCCCUGCCCAGCGCCUGGUCUACUCCACCUGCUCAGUGCAUCAAGAGGAGAAUGAGGAUGUGGUGCUGGAUGUGCUGAAGCAAUGGGAAAAGGAGUUCAGGCUGGCAGAAGUCCUACCUUCCUGGUCCCAGCGGGGCUUGGCCACUUGCGCCAAGGCAAAGUGCUCUAGGGCCUCCCCAAAGGAAACACUGACAAACGGCUUCUUCGUGGCGGUCUUGGAGAGGCAGCCGGGGGAGCCUCCGGGCCCAGCUCCCCACAAGAGUUCUCCCCGGUUGUCAGUGAAGUAG